AUGCAGGGGCAUCAGUUUGGACGUGUCUUGGAUUUGAAUUUCUGGGUGGAAGCAGCGCAUAGGUGGAAGCAGGCGCGGGAGCGUGACCUACAGCCUGACGGGUGUCCCUCCCAAAUCGAAGCGGAGAAGGCGCGAACGGCGCAACGUUUGAACGCCCAGAGAGUCAAGACCUCGAUGGACAACGAGGAGGUGCGGAGCCAUGUGGUGGCCUUACGUCGCUUGAUCACGGUGGCGCAGGUCCAGUGGAGUAUGCAUCCGCUGUGCGAACCUGUGUUGGCUCAAGCGUUGGCUGCAGCAAUGCGAAGACUUUCUGAACAUGCCACCCUUGAUGCAGGUGCGACAUGUUUGUCAGAGCCGACUCGGAGGACCACAGCGGGGUCCUUGCGGAAACUGCUGAAGACGCUUUCAUGGAGCGAAGUUCUGGGGGUUUUAGUGUCAGCGCGACACUCGGAGGUGGAACCUGACAUGGUGUGCUAUAGCAUGGUACUCCGUGGCAGUGCCUGGCUUGCUGCGUUGCACCACUUCUGCUGGAUGACGCAAUUGCAGGUGUGGCCUGAUCUGGUCACCGUCUCCCAGCUCCUCACCGCCAUCUCCAGCCACUGGUGCCUCAGCUGUCAGCAGCUGAGCAGCUGCCGCAGAACACGUGGCGAACAGAGCCCGGAUACCACAAUCUUCAACAACCUCCUCAGCAGUUCGCAGAAAAGUUCUCACUGGACCCUUUCUUUGCAACUUUUCUGUCGCAUUCGCGCGGGGCGAUGCUACCCAGACGAGGUGAGCUACGGCAGUUGCAUCAGCAGCUUGAACUCCGCGUGGCCGUUGUCCCUGGCCCUCCUUGCAGCGUCGCCCAAGCGCCGCGGCCACAUGGCCAGUUGCAACGGAGCCAUGGCUGUCCUUGCUGCAGAAGCAUGGAGGGUAGCCUUUCAAGUGGCUGCAGAGAUGCGGUUGAGGGGAGAUGCACUGGACGUCAUCAGUUACAACUCCAUGAUCCACUGCGCGAAAGCCGGUGGAGAGAAAGGACCAUGGCGCAAGGCCUUGCAAUUGCUGCUGACUCUUGAGUUCGUUCUCCAAGCUUCUCCAGUGAGCUAUGGCAGCGCCGUGGGGUGUGUUCCCUGGCCUAUGACCUUAGACCUGCUGCAGCGCUGUCACCGGCGAGGCAUGGUUCCAUCGACGGUCGUCUUAAACAAUGCUCUUGGUGCAGUGACAGGCAACGCGCCAUGCGUUCACUGGAUGCGGGUCCUCCAACUACUGAAAUGGCAGCCAUCGGCAUCUCCCGAUGUCAUAAGCUAUUCCUCUGCUAUUGUGCACUGUGAAAGUUGGGCUCAAGCUGCAAGCAUUCUGCAGGUGAUGGAAGUUGAUCAGGUGCAGCCGAAUCUUAUCACUUGCAACGGCAUUAUGGACAUUUGCCAAAAGACCGGGGAGUGGCAAGUGGCGCUUGGACUUCUAUCAUUGAUGUCAUCUUCAGAGGUCCAAGCGGACAGCAUCAGCUACAACUCGGCAAUCGGCGCGUGCCAGGCAUGCGGCGAAGUGAUCAUCGCCUUGUCGCUCUUGGCGCAGAUGCGAUCUCGCAGGAUCCAGACGGUGACGGUGACCUACAACAGCUCCGUGGCCGUCUGCGAGCGGCGCGGCCAUUGGCGGCAAGCCUUGUGGCUGCUGGCGGCAAUGGAGGCGGAGGCGAUGGUUCCAGACGUAAUCGGCUUCAGCAGCAGCAUCAGCACCUGCGGCUUUGUUGCUGCUUGGAGCACAGCGCUGGCGCUGACGCUGGAGGGCGUGGAAGAUGUUUUCAGUUUUAAUGCUGCAAUCAGUGCGUGUGACAAAGGGGGGCAGUUCACCUCCGCCCUGCGACUGCUGGAUUUGAUGAGCGAAGCCGUCGUGGUCCCUGACGUCAUUACCUUCAAUGGCAUCAUCAGCGCAUCUGGGAAGGACCGACAUUGGCGCCAUGCCUGUGCGCUUUUGAGCCAGAUCCUUGCCGGCAACAUGUCUCCCAACAUCAUCAGCUACAACAGUGCCAUCAAUGCCUGCACCCGUUGUUGGUCGAACGGGUUGGCCCUCCUUUCCGCCGCCGUCGAACGCAGCCUCCGCUGCGACGUCGUCGGCCGCAGCAGUUUCUUGGGAGCUGCGCCGCCCUGGCGCGUGGCACUGGGUGCCAUGGAUGGGAUGAACAUGAUUAGCUGCGAGAUGCUGGUGAAUGCUUGCGAUGCAUCAGGGGUUGCAUUCCUGCAGAUGCUACGCCUUUUGUCGACAGCAGAUGAUAUAGGAACUUCCCUCUUGACAAGCUAGGUGUCAAGAAACAACGCGAGUUGACAUGGUUGACUCAAAAAUUAUUGACCC